AGAAUGGAGCCCCAACACUCCUCCAUCUACAAUCAUACAAACCUUUAUUCUAAGUUCUGAUGGCUCUGCGAUCAUUCUCCUACGAUGUGUUCCUCAGCUUCCGAGGGGAAGAUACUCGUUAUGGUUUCACUGGCAAUCUCUACAAUGUCCUCCGGGAAAGGGGAAUUCACACCUUCAUUGAUGACGAGGAGCUCCAGAAAGGGGAUGAAAUCACCACAGCACUUGAGGAGGCAAUUGAGAAGUCCAAGAUUUUCAUCAUCGUGCUCUCUGAAAACUACGCAUAUUCCUCCUUUUGCUUAAACGAACUCACUCACAUCCUUAACUUUACUGAGGGGAAGAAUGAUCCGUUGGUUUUGCCAGUUUUUUAUAAAGUGAAUCCUUCAUAUGUCCGACACCACAGAGGUAGUUUUGGAGAAGCACUGGCUAAUCAUGAAAAGAAGUUGAACUCUAAUAACAUGGAGAAACUUGAGACGUGGAAGAUGGCUCUGCGCCAAGUGUCUAACAUUUCUGGCCAUCAUCUCCAACAUGAUGGUAAUAAAUAUGAAUACAAGUUCAUUAAGGAGAUAGUUGAAUCGGUGUCUAGCAAGUUUAAUCGUGAUCAUUUAGAUGUUCCGAAUGUCCUGGUUGGGCUAGAGUCACCGGUGCGACAAGUAAAGUCGCUUCUGGAUGUUGGACGUGAUGAUGUCGUCCACAUGGUGGGGAUCCAUGGACUCGCCGGAGUGGGUAAAACAACACUUGCUGUCGCAGUCUAUAAUUCCAUUGCUGAUCAUUUUGAAGCUUCUUGCUUUCUAGAAAAUGUGAGAGAAACUACCAAUAAGAAGGGGUUAGAAGAUCUCCAAAGUGCCUUUCUUUCUAAAACAGCUGGAGAAAUUAAGUUAACAAAUUGGAGAGAAGGAAUUACCAUAAUAAAGUGUAAGCUCAAGCAAAAGAAGGUUCUUCUGAUUCUAGAUGAUGUUGAUGAACAUAAACAGUUACAAGCGAUUAUUGGCAGCCCUGAUUGGUUUGGUCGUGGUAGUAGAGUCAUCAUCACCACUCGAGACGAACAUUUGUUAGCGCUUCACAAUGUUAAAAUAACAUAUAAGGUGAGAGAGUUGAAUGAGAAACAUGCUCUUCAAUUACUUACUCACAAGGCUUUUGAGUUGGAAAAAGAAGUUGAUCCAAGUUACCAUGAUAUUUUGAAUCGAGCGAUAACUUAUGCUUCAGGCCUCCCAUUAGCUCUAGAAGUAAUAGGUUCCAACUUACUUGAAAAAAGUAUAGAAGAAUGGGAAUCUGCUCUAGAUGGAUAUGAAAGAAUUCCUGAUAAAAAGAUCUAUGACAUACUUAAAGUAAGCUAUGAUGCUUUGAAUGAAGAUGAGAAAAAUAUUUUUCUUGACAUUGCUUGUUGCUUCAAAGCUUAUAAAUUGGAAGAGCUCCAAGAUAUACUUUAUGCUCAUUAUGGUCAUUGCAUGAAAUAUCAUAUUGGGGUGUUGGUUAAAAAAUCUCUGAUAAACAUUCAUGGGUCAUGGGAUUAUAAGGUCAUGAGAUUGCAUGACUUGAUAGAAGACAUGGGUAAAGAAAUUGUCCGAAGAGAAUCACCAACAAAUCCUGGGAAACGUAGCAGGUUAUGGUCCCAUGAGGAUAUAAAUCAGGUUUUACAAGAAAAUAAGGGGACUAGUAAGAUUGAAAUCAUAUGUAUGAAUUUUUCCUCAUUUGGAGAAGAAGUAGAAUGGGAUGGAGAUGCCUUCAAGAAGAUGAAAAAUCUCAAAACACUUAUCAUCAAGAGUGAUUGCUUUUCCGAAGGUCCCAAGCAUCUUCCUAAUACUUUAAGAGUAUUGGAAUGGUGGAGAUGUCCUUCACAGGAUUGGCCACAUAAUUUUAACCCAAAGCAACUUGCUAUAUGCAAGUUACCCGAUAGUAGCUUUACAUCAGUCGGGUUGGCCCCAUUAUUUGAAAAGAGGCUCGUGAAUUUGACAAGUUUAAUUUUGGACGAGUGUGAUAGUUUAACAGAGAUACCAGAUGUAUCUUGUCUCUCAAAUUUGGAAAAUUUGUCAUUUAGAAAGUGUCGGAAUUUAUUUACAAUUCACCAUUCAGUUGGUUUAUUGGAAAAGCUUAAAAUCUUGGAUGCUGAAUGUUGCCCAGAGCUUAAGAGUUUUCCACCGUUGAAGUUGACCUCUCUUGAAAGGUUUGAACUUUGGUAUUGUGUCAGUCUCGAGAGUUUUCCUGAAAUAUUAGGAAAAAUGGAAAAUAUAACACAACUUUGCUUGUAUGAAUGUCCCAUAACAAAACUCCCACCUUCAUUUCGAAAUCUUACUCGGCUUCGAUCCUUAAGUCUUGGACACCAUCACCAAACUGAGCAGUUAAUGGACUUUGAUGCUGCCACCCUCAUUUCGAACAUCUGCAUGAUGCCAGAACUGGAUGGUAUUUCAGCUCACAAUUUGCAAUGGAGGCUAUUGCCUGAGGAUGUUUUGAAAUUGACCUCAGUCGUGUGUUCAAGCGUUCAAUCUCUUACUUUGAAACUGUCAGAUGAGCUUCUUCCGCUAUUUCUCUCAUGUUUUGUAAAUGUGAUUGAUUUAGAGCUAUCAGGGAGUGAAUUCACAGUUAUUCCCGAAUGCAUCAAAGAAUGCCGCUUUCUAUCUACCCUUACUUUGGAUCGUUGCGAUCGUCUUCAAGAAAUUAGAGGGAUUCCUCCAAACUUGAAAACUUUCUCUGCAAUGGAUUCCCCAGCCUUGACUUCCUCAAGCAUAAGCAUGUUGCUGAAUCAGGAACUGCAUGAGGCUGGAGACACCGACUUUAGUUUGCCAAGAGUACAGAUUCCACAGUGGUUUGAGCACAAGAAUCCGGGACGGCCAAUUCGUUUCUGGUUCCGUAACGAUUUCCCAGCCAUAGUUGCUUGCAUUGCUAAGUCAGAUUUUCAGGGAGUUUUCGAUUAUCCAGAUCUCAGCGUGUUCAUUAAUGGAAGGGAACAUAAACAUUACGGUCGUACCCCUGUCCUUGAAAAACCUUGUACAGUUCUUUUUCAUCUUCUAAUAGAAGAUGAUUUAGAUGUAUCACUGUUAGAGAACGAAUGGAACCGUGCAGAGAUUGUAUGUUAUGGUUCAUGGGACGAAUGCGGAAUCCAUGUAUUGAAAGAGCUAAGUAGCAUGGAGGAUAUUCGAUUCACUGAUCCUUUUAGAAAAGAAAAAUUUGUAGUUCAGAGGUUGCGGUUCGGGAAAAAGCAAAGGUUAGCAAGAGUGAAGUUGUUGAGACACAAUUUGUAGAGCAGCAACAACAUGUGGGUUUUUUGUCACACGUGUGGAACUGGGCACUAUCACUUGUAAUUUCUUGCUGCUCAGGCAAUCAAUAAUUGAAAGAGGAAUCAAGUUCAGGAGU